ACCUACCCUAUCUCAAGCACAUUGCAGGCUUGCAUUAACUUUCUUGGAGGUUCAAUAGGAGUAUCAGCAUAAAGGGUUUCAAAAACUUUGAGUAUAUUAUUUCAUCAUCCUUGGUUUGUAUAAAAUUUAAUUUGUAUAGCUGUCCAUAAGUAUCGGAAAGUGUGCUCCAGUCAUCGCAAUAUAUGCAGGUUUGUUCCUUUUUUUUAUACAUAGUACCCUCUUUUCUUUUAUUAUCCUCUUACAAAUUAACCUCCUAUCUCGGAUUAGACAGAUGGGAAGUCGUUAUCUACCGACUCGGAGAUGUGGAAUUAAUCUCCUUUGUUUGCCGCCCGCGUCCUAGGCUCCCAGGCUCUCAGGCAAACUGUGAUGUCAAUUACCUAGCCUGCUUCAAAGUGAAAAGAAAAAAAACUUCCGUAAAAAGAAAAGAAGAAAAAAAAGAUCGCCAGGUACCCCGUUGGGGAUACUGUCAAUUUUUUAUUUUUUUUUGCUUUUUUCAUUACCCGUGUUUUCUUGAUUGAUGGAUCCGGAGAAAAACGCUCGGCCAUUGUCUUCGUCUCCUUCCUUUUAUACAACCAAUCCAUUGUCUGUAGUCAUGUAUUUCCUUGUACAUAGGCAGUUAAUCCUUUUAAAUGGGAUUAAAUGGGAUAGUUACCAUGCCUUUGGAGGGUUGCGGCUAUGUACUAUGUAGGUGUAUGCAGCACAGUAUGAAGACGGUCUAUUCAGGUAUUUAUAAAGGGGGUGGGAUCGACGCCAG